AUGGUUGGGCAAAAGUUUGGAUUUUCAGCAAACACUGUUUUCCAGAUUGUGGAGUCGCCUUCCUCCUCCAAUGACUUCUUCCUUUUUCUUCUUCCACAAUUGCAGGUAAUUUUCAGGUGGUGGAAAAUCUCACUUAGGAGUGAAUUUCGUGAAUCAAGACCUGGAGAAAUUAAAGCAUCCUGGGAGGAUUUUUUGGAUGAUUCAUCUCUUCAUAUUCAGAGUGCUAUAGUGUUUGGUGCCGAAGUUCUAGAACAUGUCCUCAGUCUGUGCCGAGGUAACUACGACUUCCUGGAGCGGCUUCCUGUCCCGUUGCUCCUGCACAUCUUUUCCUUUCUGGAGCUGGAAGAUGUUGCCAGGCUUUCUCAAGUUUCACGCAGAUUUGAAAUGAUAUGUAACAGUAAUGCGCUGUGGGAAAAGAUUGUGCGGAACUUGUGGGACACAAUUUCACCUGAAAUGGAGGAGCUGGCACAGGACGUGGGCUGGAGACAAUUCUUCUUCACCGACAGACUGCAGCUGCAGCUCCGCAGGAGGAGGCAGAAACGAGAUGCUCACAAUGAAAACCUAGCUGUAUGA